UGCUGAUAGUACAGUAUUUCUGCAAGUGUGCGACAGUCUGACAGUAGAAAAACAUUGUUUACCACAAAAGCAUGUUAUAUAGACAUUCAAUAUCCUCAACAAAUGUUUGUCAUUGACAUGGAGGGAAGAUAGAAGUGGCUUCCUAUGCAACUUCACUCAUUUAUAAUCUGGAGAAACCUUUUGAUCAAGUUAGGGUCAAAAUGCCCUGGGAAUUUUAAGCAAGGGCCCCUUUGGCCCUCCAAUCCCUUGACAACAAGUGGAGCAGCUCUUCUUCAUCCUCAUCACUUCUGCUGGAGUCUUCCUGGUCUUCUGUUUUCUCCUUCACAACCUUCUUCACCACAUCUUGCUUAUCUAUUAUUAUUAUUAUUAUCUCGCAAUACCUCAACCCUCCGGUAACAUUCAAUUUGCUCAUCGAUUUCAUCAAUCUGACGCUCAAGACGACCCUCCUCGUCAUCCUCGGCUACAAUGGCCUCUGAUUUGGUGUUCACCUGCCGCAUUUCCUUUUGGAACUCUUCCCACUCCUUAUCCAUUUGAUCUUUGGGAGCAUCGACAUUGCGGACUUUGGCAUCUCUCACUGGGUCGUCAAAGAAGCCUUCUGGUAGAGCUUCAGGUGUAUUUCCCUUCUUCUCCACACUCUUCUCAGUUUCAUUUGGUUUGAGGAUAGACCCUGAAUGAGAAGCAGCUGGGACAGCUGGAAUGGUGCUGUUGUCGAAGAAAUCAGAUGGGAGUCCUGAGGCAGGUGCCCCCUUCUGCACACCCAAGCUAAAAUCUGCCCCCUGGUCACCAGCCUCCUCUUCAUCACUGUCUUCAUCAUCGACUCCGGCCAAAAGAGUCAGCCCAGCAGAUGCCGUUUUUUUUCAAUAUUCCUGGUAGUUUCUUCGGCCCCGGCGGGGCAGGUUUAGCAAAGAAAUCAUCAGGUAGCCCUGGCGUAGACAACUGCACUGUAACUGCCACUGGUUUAAACUGCUUCCCAUUCGUGUCUUCAGAAGCUUUCCUUUUAAGCAGAGGCUGGGGUCCUUGACUUGUAGAACUUUGUUUAGACCCCUUGAGCUCAGAAAGUUUCUCCUUGUGCUGUUUUCCAAGAAUGUGAGUCUGGCCACAAUAGUUCAUUCUUUACUCGCUCGUUGCAGAGUACGCAGCUAAGGUGAUCGAGACUGUUGUACUUGGCAUAUGGGGAUUCGACACGCUUCUUAUCUAUCGUUUGCCUUUGUUUCUCUCUCAUUAACCGUCGCAGUUCAUCUUGAUGUAUCACUUUCUUCUGCUUAUUUUUUGGAGGCAUUCUUUCAUUGAGUUUCAAACCAAAUUUCAGAAACCUUGGGGAAGAAAAAAAACACUGUGUGUCUUCAUUCAGGACCCAUAGUUGGUGUCAAACAUAUUGCCAGAUUUAAGUUUGAGAACAAAUACUGUAAAUUAUACCCAAAGCUGGUACUUUUACAUUGCAUGUAUCAUCACGAGUUUACAACAAUAUAUUUUGUGUGCCUUAAAAUAUUUUGCAUUUCUAAAUAGAUGAUGCAUACCUAAUUAUCGCGAUAUCUAAGGGAACGUGGUCUGAUGUUUGUCAUUCUGGUGAGAUACUAAGCGGAAAAUGGCAGAUGGUCUUUUCACUCGGUAGUCUUGUUUUCUAGCUAGUUAGUUAACCAAGGCAAGCAAACAACCGCACCUCAAGCUGCAACGGGCAAUUUUUUUGAAACAAGUGUUAUCAAGGAUGUAGCCGAAAACAAUUGGUAGUCUGCUUGCUGGUUAGUUACGUUAAAUCAUGACCGGGGAAAAGAUUCGCACGUUGCGGAAAGACCAUAACAACAAGCCCAGUAAGGAUGGGGAUAUAAUGGAAACCUAUGAUGAAUCUACAAAUGGGACAAUAUCAUCUCCAACCCCCAACGGUACCACCAUCACGUACAAAUCAAACAAGAAUUAUAACAAGACGGUGAAACCUUUGGUACUGCAGCAGAUUUCGAAUAUCAAUGCAAACAAUAUCAAUGGCAAUCAAUCAGUUGUCAGCAUCAUCGAUGACAAUAACAAGAACCCAAUCCUUCUGACCAAUGGCAAUGAGGGCUUCAAUUUGGAAUUCCCUGUUCACGAAUGUGUGUUCAAAGGAGAUGUGCGUCGCUUGUCCUCACUCAUUCGGACCCAGAACAUCUCCCAGAAAGAUGUACAUGGAAACACACCUCUUCACUUAGCUGUGAUGAUGGGCCACAAAGAGUGUGCCCUCCUGCUCCUGGCCCAUAAUGCCCCUGUGAAAGUGAAGAAUGCACAGGGCUGGAGUCCCCUGGCAGAGGCCAUCAGCUAUGGAGACCGACAGAUGAUUACGGCUCUACUGCGGAAGCUGAAGCAGCAGUCCAGAGAGAGUGUGGAGGACAAGAGGCCCAAACUGCUAAGAGCACUGAAAGAGCUUGGGGACUUCUACUUGGAGCUUCACUGGGACUUUCAAAGUUGGGUGCCCUUGCUCUCCCGGAUUCUGCCAUCUGAUAACUGCAAGAUCUACAAGCAGGGGAUCAACAUCAGACUGGACACCACUCUGGUAGACUUCACAGAUAUGAAGUGUCAGAGAGGAGACCUCAGCUUCAUCUUCAAUGGAGACGCUCCGCCUGCCAAGUCCUUCUAUGUUCUGGACAAUGAGCAGAAGGUGUACCAGCGUAUUCACCACGAGGAGUCUGAGAUGGAGACUGAGGAGGAGGUGGACAUCCUGAUGAGCAGUGACGUCUAUUCUGCCACCCUGUCCACCAAGUCCAUCACCUUCUCCCGCAGUCAGAUCGGCUGGCUCUUCAGGGAAGACAAGACAGAGAGGGUUGGUAACUUCCUGGCAGACUUUUACUGUGUGAACGGCCUGGUGCUGGAGUCCAGGAAGCGCCGGGAGCACCUGAGUGAGGAGGACAUUCUGAGGAACAAGGCCAUUGUGGAGAGCCUGAGCAAAGGAGGGAACCUGGUGGAGCAGAACUAUGAGCCUCAGAGAAGGCUGUCCCUCAUGGCUCCAGGUCCUAACACUAUCUCCUGGGAGGAGUACAUCUCUGCAGAGCACGGAAAGGCACCUCAUCUUGGGAGAGAGCUUGUGUGUAAGGAGAGCAAGAAGAACUUCAAAGCGAACGUAGCCAUGAGCCAGGACUUCCCUUUGGGCAUUGAGUCGUUACUGAACGUGUUGGAGGUCAUAGCCCCAUUUAAGCACUUCAACAAACUCAGAGAAUUUGUUCAAUUGAAGCUUCCUCCUGGGUUCCCAGUCAAACUUGACAUCCCUGUGUUCCCCACUAUCACAGCUACGGUCACCUUCCAGGAGUUCCGCUAUGAUGACUUUGAGGAGUCCAUCUUCUCCAUCCCAGCGGACUACAAGGAGGAUCCCAGUCGCUUCCCUGACCUCUGACCUGGUUGUCGUAGCAACCAGAGCUUUCCCCGCCCCGCCCAUUCGGAAACUGACAGAGAAACAAACUCUACCUACCUACACUAUUAAAAGGAAAAGAACCAACUAACGACAGUUGAGAUUAAAUAGGAGGAUGCCCAUGUAUUAUUUGAUAUCUGUCUGUGUGUUCUGAUGAAAAGGGGGAAUUAUCUCUUGGCCCUGAGUUUUUAUUUAUUUAAAUUUUGUAGAUAUUUCCUUAUAGCAAACAAGAAUCAACCAUUUUCAGCUGUGUAGAAACAACAGCACGAGGUCAAACUCCAGAAGAGAAGAAUUGAGGGGAUGAGGAGUUUAAAAAAAUAUUUGAUGUCAUCUCCGUAACAGCUUAUUGUUCACCGACUACGUGAUCACUGCUUUGUACUGCAAACCAGCACCUGUGAAACGGCAUGAAGUUGGCUUCAUCUGUGACAUCUUAACCGUGCACUUCUCCAGGUUUAGCACUCACCGCGCCCAGUUUAUCUAGCGUCUGCCCUUUGGGCACUGCCCCUUUCUCAACAUGUUUAAGUACCCUUGGACAUUCAUUGCCUGUAAAUGACUACGGUAUAAAUGAAGUGUCAGAAAUAUGAAGAUGUCAUAACUGAACUGAGAAAAUGAUGUACCAAACGUACUGUAUGUAUGUCAAAGGAGCAACACUGUGUAGCAAUACAUUUCCAGUACAUAAGAAUGUUUUUUUAAACCAGCUGGGAGGAAAGUAUGGUGUAAAACUGCAUUCUUUCAAAGAUAUCAACACCCAAGCCUUUUCUCUCUAGUGCAGGUUAGCUCAUCUAUCUUACCUCCCGGCUAUCACUGUCUGUUUCAAGUGACUGUGAAUUUAAUCUGUUUUGUGUGUGAGAGAGGACUUUAAAGGGUUUAGUGUUGUGUGUGUGUGUGUGUGAGAUUGUGUGAGUGAACCCAGAUGGGGUAUCAGGAAAGCUGUUCUAGUUUGAUACUGCACUGACAUUAAGUAUAUUUAAUCGCAUGCUACGUUGACCCAAUUGGAUUCCUUGUAUACUCUUGAGCGUAUAUUUCCUACACUUGUUAUACCUGCUACCAUCUCCCUAUCCUUUCUGAUUAUUCAGGAAGACUAACGUCUACCGUAUAAAUAUUGUAAUCACACUAAAAACCCUUUGGUCAAAUGUACUUAGGUGGUUUAAGCAUUAACUGCAACUUAUUGACUGCAACUGUCUGUAUUACUUUACUUUCCUGUACAAUUGCAUUACAUUUCAAUGAGCUUACUAUUGGACUGUAUAAGCUCAUUAAAAUGUAAGAUCUGUAUGGUCUUUGAAAACAGAUGUGCCCUACUGGUAUUUCUAAAUGUACUGCAGCUUUCCAACUUCCCAUCCCUUUAAAUAAAGCACCAGCACCAUCAUGUCUCA